AUGGCUCUCUACCUGCCGGAUGCUCCCGCCGCUGCCCUCCAGGACUCCCGUGCGUUUUUUUUACCCGGCACGGCUGUCGGCAUGCUGCCCGAUGGGGUAGCAGGCCAAGACGACCAAGGACUUCAGAGCGACGGCUCCCCGGGCGCAAGCAUGCGGCCCCCGGGUACCAAGACGUGCACCAAGGACCAAGAAAUGUUGCGGAGCGCCCUUCCAGACAUGGGAGAGGCCCAAGAUACUGCGAUUGAGGCGGUAGAGAUGGCUCCACACGCCCUUUCGUCCACUCUUCAAGCCCCCGCCACUGCUGCUAACCACUCAAAUGUUACUGCUCGACCCAGCAGUGCGGCAAGCAUGCUGCCCGACCGGGCUGAUCAUGGGUCAGCGCUUGCAGCCGCAACGGCUCGCGCCCUGGUUGCCUCCUAUGGCCCCAGCGACCCCGAGGACGACAGCAGAGAAGAGGACGACCAAGACACCUCCUCGAUGGACCACGACGCUACCACCGCCCGCCAAAGUGAUGACUACCGGCUUGACCAGGUAGCUAUGGAUCUGCCCGCCCGAGCUGGAUACACUGCAGUGGCCACGGCCCACAUCAUAGACACGACCACCACCGCUUACGAGGCCCUCGGCUGGCAGACACCCAUACUGUCCGACCGAGCCGGGUAUGACGAUCCGGUGCCUUGCGGCAACGAGUUGUCUGCUGGGCCCUGCCCCCAAGUUGAUAAUUUCACACCCGGCAGGGCGGGUAGCAUGCUGCCCGCGAGUGAUGCACAGGCUCCCGCCACGACCGCUGCCGUCCCUAUGGAGGUUGACCAGUGCGCGACGCGUCAGGCAGCAAGCCACACUCCGCCGUCUCCCCCUCUCGUGCUCCGCCUCGGCGGCAAGCGUCGCCGCUUGAGCGAUGACGGCGACGACGACCCGCGCGAGCAAGACGAGCAACUGCUGCUCGAGGACGUUGAGGCCGGCCCUCAGAACUUAGCCCUUUGGCCAUCCACGGCCAGCGCACUCCCGUCCUCCGUCCUGUCCGCGUAG